CCCUGUAGAGCGAAUCCCCCACCGCCUGCCAUCGACAUAGCUUCCACUCGUGAGUUUCGUAAGGAUCUUGUGUAAGGCUGUUGUUACAUAGUCUUCAAUGGCUAUUACAUAUAUAUGUAGUAGCUAUCUACAGUGUUUCCAGAAGUCCGGAAAAUUGUCAGUCGCUCACGUCGCAUGUGAAGAUGUAUCCGAAAAGAAAAAGUGCAAUGGAUAGUAAAAUUAUUUCGGCAGAAAUUGCUUUAGGUCUUGUUCUGUGUACAGCAUAUCGGAUAAUUUCGAAAAACAUUUUCAGUCAACAGGAGGAGAGUCAACCUGUUGACAGUGAACAGUUUGAGCUAACAAGGUCACUAGUGUGUGUAUGGCUUGCAAGCAACAUAAAGUUCCUACUCAUUAAAUGCAACAGCAAUCCAGUUUCACUGUCUGCACAUUCAACAUCCAGGCUGAUUGCAUUUCUGGCACUUCUACUGGAUAGCUGCUACGGAAUUAAUUAUCAGAGACUAUAUACUAACGAACGGCCUACAGUGGACAUGGCCGUGUGUUCUUUCUUCAUAGUGAGCAGUGUUGUCCUCUUCUUUUUGGACCACAGCCAGCUGCAGAGCAGAGUGGACUUGCGCAUGAUCUUCAGUGACUCUCAGAAGUUCUUCCUUCAGAUGGACUUUUUUGCCACCUUUGUCUUUGGCCUCCUCUGGCUGGCCUUCCCCGAUUGGCUCCUAGGAUUCCAGCCCAUUACAGGUUCUGAGGACAUCUUCCAUCUUCACCUCAGUAGAGCCUUUGGCGCCAUGAUGGUGGGUGACAGUUUUGUCUCUUUUACAACACAGAAUUUCCAACCCAACAAAGAAAAGCCAUCCGUGUUCAUAAGCCGAGCAGUGGGCAGCUUGGUGCUGCUGGUGUUCCUGGUCCACUCUCAGCUGACCACCUCUGCCUGGGCCCCUGCCCAGAUCUGGUUUGGCCUGGUGGGAGCCAGCCUCUGGACAGGAAACUCCAUCUUAGGUUACCUCAGCUCUAAACAACAAAAUAUGUAAGAAGUCCAUUCACACAGACACAACAGUCACAACAUAACGGGCAGAAGUUACAUUGAACCCUCUUCUGUGUCCCACAAGACUGUUAGCCCGCUUAAGUGAAGUUGAUCACGUGAGCAUGGUUAUUCAAACCACAGCUGUUGCAUAGAAAGCAGAGGCAGAUUCUCUGGGAACCUGGAGUGACUUCAAAUGAGUGAUUAUUUAUUGUUAAAAAUGUCCAUCCUAUGUUGUUCAGUCUUAUGAUUUUCAUACUUCACCAUGAAUGAGAUGGUGAUGGUCAUUGCUGACAGAGGUGGAAAGAGACUCUUUGGAAAUCUAAAUGUCUAAAUAUACUGUACUGUACAUUUGUAAAUGUGUAACUCCUCUGAGAGGAGGUUAGAAGCCAUCGGAGAUUGUAAAAGACACUUGACCCUACCAUUCCACUGUACAGAAGUGAAUAGUAAGUAUGCAGGCUCAGCCUUAGAAACAUAAUUAUGAAAUAACUUUUUAGGAACUAUUGAUGGGAAGCGUGGAGGUGUUGUAGCUGCACCCAUAUGACUAAAUAGAUGUAACUGACGUUGAAAUUCUGUCAAGGAAUAAAAGUGAAGGGAAAUGUUACUCAGAAACAUUGUGAUAUUCUAAUCUAGUGCUUCCUUUUUAUUUAUCCUGCUCCAAGGCUAGAACUCUCUGUAACCACUAGAUGGUGCUAUGCACAUGGCGAUGGAGUGCCUCUGAAUUGAUUUGAAUCAUAGGGAAUCUAGGUUUUAAUAGCCCAUCGUUCCUAUCAUUAUAUUUCCAUGACAUAGUCUGACCAGUUGAAUCCAGGUGAAAGCUAUCAUCCCUUACUGAUGUAACUUGUAAAAUCCACUUCAAUCAGUUUAAAUUAAGGGGAGGAGACGGAUUUUUAAGCCUUGAGACAUGGCUUGUGUACAGGGUGAAUGGGUGUAACGGAUGUGAAACAGCUAGCUUAGUUAGCGGUGGUGCGCGCUAAAUAGCGUUUCAAUCGGUGACGUCACUUCCUCUGAGACCUUGAAGUAGUAGUUCCCCUUGCCCUGCAAGGGCUGCGGCUUUUGUGAAGCGAUGGGUAACGAUGCUUCGUGGGUGACUGUUGUUGAUGUGUGCAGAGGGUCCUUGGUUCGCGCCCGGGUAUGGGCGAGGGGACGGUCUAAAGUUAUACUGUUACAUGGGCAAGACAAAAUAUUUGAGUGCCUUUGAGCGGGGUAUGGUAGUAGUAGGUGAGUGUGUCAAGAACUGCAACACUGCUGGAUUUUCCACUCUCAACAGUUUCCUGUGGUCCACCACUCAAAGGACAUCCAGCCAACUUGACACAACUGUAGUAAGCAUUGGAGUCAACAUGGGUCAGCAUCACUGUGGAAUGCUUUUGAUACCUUGAUACCUUGGCAAAUUGAAGCUGUUCUGAGGGCAAUAGGGGGUGCAACUCAAUUCUAGGAAGGAGUUCCUGUUUUGUACACUCAGUGUAUAUGUUAGCUGUUGUGAAUACUUCAAAUUAUAUAGCACAAUGAGUAUAUAUUUUGAUGAUUGUGCAUUGACAGUAAUAGGUACACUCACUUCAUAGGACAAUUUUGGUUGUGAGCUAAAAACACUGACAGGUGCCCUGUCUUUCUAUAAAACAUCCUCACAACUGUUAGUCAAUACUGACACCUUGACCUCGACCAUGAUCAUGCUUAUAAGAAUUCACAACAACACAACAUCAGAGAACUAUAGAGGUUAUUUAAAUCAGUACAACUGCCAGUUGAGUACAGCAGAGAAGAUUGAGGUUGAGGAAAAGGUUACUUGCCUCCACUGGUCCUGACUGCUGAUGUGGUUGGAUUACCAAACUUCCAUUGCUCUUCAUGUGCACUUCUCUCAGCUGGCCACAUCCUUUGUAGUCACCCUAAGAAAAGGUGACUGAACCCUGAAAAACGGAUACCAAAUGACCGACUGUGCUCCGGUGUCUAAUGAGCACACAAAUGAAGCAGGUAAGCAGUUUACAGAGGAGAGGACAAACCUGGGACAAUGAGCAAAACUGGUUGGAAAGAUGUCUUUUGACUUUGAAAAUACGUAUUUUUAAUAAGUUUUGCUUACUGUGGGGUGGAAAUGGGUGCAUCUGCAAUGGCACUUUAUUCCCUAUGUCGUGCACAACUUUUGAAGUUGAGCACUACAAAAGGAAAUGGGGUGCCAUUUCAGACAACGUCUAAGUCACAACAUGUCCUUACAGAUUUCAAAUAAAUCAGUGUGGGUUAGAAUGAUCCAUCCUCAUGAAAGAUGCAGAUAUUCUGUGAAUAAUAACAACACAAGUGUACUUGGUUAUAACAGAUAUUUAAAAAAUGUAAUAAAGCUGCUUUCCUCUCAUCAAGAGGUCAAGCAGGAAGUAGUACUCUAUAUGUUUGGAGUUUGGAGUGUUGCGCUCGCAAGUCAAUAAGAGCCAGUGAGGUUGUUAGAGCCAGUGUGAUCACACUUAGUGAUUCACAAUCACAUGGCAAAGGCAUUGGCAGCAAAGUAUCCCCAGAGCCCAGCAAUUCAAAAGUUGUCUAUCUGGAUUAACGCCUAUAGGAUAAGAUUAAAUGCAUAGAAAUAUAAUGAAUAGAACUCGAGUCCCUAUUCUAGUCAAUUAUUUGUCCAUUCUAUUCAUUUCAAUCCUAUCCAAUAGGCAAAAUCCUGAUAGAUAACUUAAAUCCCUAACAAAGGGAUAGUUGAUAUACAAUAUAUAAUUAAACAUGUCCCCAUUAAUGCAAAUCCACUAGGCACAGAUGUCAAUUCAAUGUUUAGUUUUGAUUUAAAUUUGGUUAAUUUGUCAACUACCGUGAAAUCAACAACAACAAAAUCAUCAUGUCAUUGGAUUUAGAUUCAAAUGCAAAAUUCCCUUGAAUUUGAUUCAACCAGUUUUUGCCCAGUGGGAAGGCUUUUGCACACCAAUCAUUUCCUGGUGUGGGAGGAUUAGACUGUGCUGAUAGCACACAAACACAAAUCUGAAAGGCAAAGGCAAUCAGUUGCUUCAAACUGCACUCCCGUGACAUAAUGUUUCAGUGUGGGUAUCUUCUUCUCAAUGGCAUCUGUUCGCUCUUCCACUCAUUUAUAUGUAACAAUUCACAAAUCACAACUUUAUAUAUAAAAUGAUCCUGUGAACCCUGUCAAUGUUUGUUUCCCCAACAGUUCUAAUAAGAAUCUGGCAAUAAAUGAUCCUAUGUCAAUAAUAUUAAACUCUGAGUUCUGAAAAACAUUUUUAAAAUAAAAAAUGUUAACAUCA